UCGCUAAAGGAUACCGCUAAGCGGCGCGAGUGGAUUCAACAGCAUAAGUCGCUGGAAGCCGAACUGAAUGCUCAUGAAGAAGUGCUGAAAGCAGUGGACGAAAUGGGGCGAAAACUCGGCGCUGGACUCGAGUCCGGAAAAGAUCGCACCGAGGUCCAGUCUCGACUCGAUGCAGUGGCCCAGCGAUGGAAGGAUGUGCGGCAGGCCGAAGCCCUCGUCAAGUUCGUGGCUUAUUUAAUUACUUAUUUAUUUAUGAUCACACUCAAGGCGUACCAUUGA